GGCGGCGGGCGGGAGGGGAGGCGAGGCCGGUGAGCUCCGGCGACAGUUCCCGAGGCCGGGCGGGCAGGUGGAGGCGGGAGCCGCGGCUGGAGCAUGGAAGAUUCACAGGCAGGUAUGGACCUAAGUAAUUCUCAGGAACAGCCUAUGGCUGCAGAAGGACAGGAGGUUUUGACAGACUGUAAUCUGAACAAAUCCCAGGAAAUGGAAAGUAUGGAUAAUGCAGAAGAUAUGAAGGAACACAAUCAGUCUAAUGAAGAAGCAGGAGAUGAUGUGAUUAAAGUGAAAGGUGAAUACAGUGAAAGAGAGGAGAGUGCUUUAAAUUCAGAGCCUAUGGAAAACCCAGAAGAAUCUGAAAUGCCUUACACCUAUCCCAGAGAAUAUAAUGAAUAUGAAAGCAUUAAACUGGAAAGACACUCUGGUUCAUAUGACAACGUCAGGCCAGCUAGUGGAAAAAUGAAUUGUGAUAUCUGUGGAUUAGCCUGCAUUAGCCUCAAUGUCUUGAUGGUUCAUAAGCGUAGCCACACUGGUGAACGGCCAUUCCAGUGUAAUCAGUGCGGAGCUUCCUUUACUCAGAAGGGUAACCUCCUCCGCCACAUUAAACUACAUACAGGGGAAAAACCUUUUAAGUGUCAUCUUUGCAGUUAUGCCUGCCAAAGGAGGGAUGCGCUAACAGGUCACUUAAGGACACAUUCUGUGGAGAAGCCAUACAAAUGUGAGUUUUGCGGAAGGAGCUACAAGCAAAGGAGCUCAUUAGAGGAGCACAAGGAGCGGUGCCGUACUUAUUUGCAGAAUGCUGGCAUGUGCGAGGCUGCAAGCGUGGAGGCAAGGCACAUCAAGGCAGAGAUGGGGAGUGAAAGAGCCCUUGUGCUGGACAGGCUAGCAAGCAACGUGGCAAAGCGAAAAAGCUCAAUGCCUCAGAAAUUUAUUGGUGAGAAACGACAUAGUUUUGAUGUUAAUUAUAAUUCAAGUUUCAUGUACGAAAAGGAAAGCGACAUAAUGCAAGGGCGCAUGAUGGACCAGGCCAUAAACAAUGCCAUCACCUACCUGGGGGCCGAAGCCUUGCGCCCUCUUGUGCAGACGCCACCAGCUCCCACCUCCGAAAUGGUCCCCGUCAUAAGCAGUCUGUACCCCAUACCGCUGACCCGCACCGACGUGCCAAACGGCAACUCGCAGGAUGCAGAGAAGAGCCAUGCCCACCUAAGGGACAAAAGCUUGUCUUCCGACAGAGGCCUUUCCCCAAACAACAGCGGCCAAGACUCCACAGACACUGACAGCAACCACGAGGAGCGGCAGAAUCCCACCUUCCAUCAAAGUCAGAUGAUCCCCGCUCAGGCCCGCAAUGGCCUCCAGUCCUUGAAGGAUUUCCCGAGGCCAUAUGACAUAAUCAAGCCACCUGCCAUAUGCCCACGCGAUGCCUUUAAGGUCAUCAACAAGGAAGGGGAAGCCAUCGGGGUCUACCGGUGUGACCAUUGCCGUGUCCUCUUUUUGGAUUAUGUGAUGUUCACCAUCCACAUGGGCUGCCACGGGUUCCGCGAUCCCUUCGAGUGCAACGUCUGCGGGUACAGAAGCCAUGACCGAUACGAAUUUUCCUCACACAUAGCACGAGGAGAGCACAGAGUAGUACUCAAAUAAAAGGACUGGUUUUCCAAGGUCAAAAGCUUUGUUUUAGAUCAGAGGGGAGACUUGUUUGUUUUUUAGUUAGUGUAAAGAAAUUUCUUGAGUAUUUUUCUAUGCCAGUUUUUAAAUGAGUGUCACAGGGAGGUGACGCCUUUUUAAAUUUUUCUUUACAAAUAAUUCAGUGUUCUUGUAGCAUCUAUGCCUAGCUGCUGUGGUGAGUGGUACUGUAUAAAAUACCAGGAGCAGAGAGCGAUUUUUAUAUGAACUUUAUUUUUGUGAAAAUUAAGAGCCAUUUCAGGUGGUUUUAUUUUUUAAUGUGCAUUUGUUUUUAUAAUGUAUGCUUCAACUCAGCGCAAAAGGUUUUUAUGCCCUGCUGCCAGUUUCCUUGCUUGGUCAGCUGUAUAGUCAGAAGUACAUAGGAGAGGCUUUUUCUAGCUGUUACAAUCCUGAUGGUCUUCAAAUGGCUAAUCACCGAAACAAGGAAAACACAUGCCUGGGAGGGAUUAUUAAUUCCUCUUAAAGGUUUUCCCCUAAGUCUUAAAGAGCAUGUGGCCCCACCACACUUUCAUUUUUCUUACCCCUCUGUUCACUUUAAAGUCACUCCCACAUGCAUCUUACUCAGUAAUAGCAAAAUAAGAAAUGAGACCUAUUUGGGGGUUGGGGUUUUUUUUAACUAUGCAUUUUUGGGAUACCCAGUGAGAUCAUUGGUUGGCUCAUCCAUGCAGUCUGGGGGAAAUCCUGACUUUCUUUGAUGGAAAGUCCUCCUUUCUGAUGGGUGCCAAGAACGAGGACAAAACCACGCUGUGCCUUGUGCCCCCGCCUCGCUCCUGCUCAGCUCCAGCAGCAGAACUUGCGGCUGUGCCAUCCGGUCCACGGCUCGGAGCAGGAGUCACCCUGUCCUGGCAGCAGACACCGUGAGGAUCUGCAUACAUGAAUGUGUGGGAGCUGACAGCUCAAUCACGCUGUCUGGUUUUAUGUGGGGAUAUCCCUCGGAGUGAAAUGUGCUGUUUUGCAAAAUGAGUAUUUACCAUUACUUUGAAGCUGGUUUUUAAAAUAGUUCUUUUAAUCUAAUCAUUGCUCUGCAGCUGUAUUGUUAGUCACUGUGCUAAAGAUAUGAAUUUGAUAACAGUUUUGCUGAGUGGAUGUUUAUUCUUUGCAAAGUAUUUUUGUAUAAUGUAGAGUUAGGUGUGUUCUGAUGGAGUUUUUGCAUCCAUUGCGUGGUUUGGUAUCUACAUUGCUUUUGUACUUUUUCAACACUGCUGUGCCAAUACCUGUGGUGAUCCAUCUGUUUCCAUGAGGGAAGUCUGUGGCACAGAGACCUAGGUGGAGUGCCAAGGGUCAAGAAAUACUGAAUUUCAUUCCUCCCUCCGACCUGGGUUCACUCUUUUGGCUCAAGUACUUUCUCCCUCCCUGAAUUUUAAGGUACAAAAAAGAAAAUUACAUUCAUUUUUCCCAGCAAGGGUAUGUCUGAAGAAGGAUAAAUUAGUCUGCAGAGUGCUUGAGUAUCUGAAGUGCUGUAGAAGUGCUAGAUCCUAGAUCCUGCUUAUCGUUGAGGGUAAGGAGAACUCUUUUGCUACCUUGUGUGAUGUUGUGUGCGUAGUUAUAAAAUAAGUUUAGGAUCUUUUCCAAUAACUAGUUUCCCAUCAUAAGGCACAUACAGUGAGCGGGUGGAUGUUGGUUCUUCCCCGAUGAAUACCCAUUGUCACGGCGUGACAAAUGAUCCUUCUGCGAGCAAGGCUGCGGUUCCACCAAGGUCUUAACCCAAUCGUCUGAGGACUGCCUUCCAGGCAGCAGCCUGGACUGGGAAAGGCUUCAGCCAAUUCCCACUUCAGUUAGUGUAAAUGGAUAACUCCGUCUCUCCUGCUGCAUUUUCAUGGGGGAAGCGACUGAAUUACACGCACAUCGUGGCUGAUGAAAAUGCUCCUCACGGUUCAACAGAAAUGAAUAAGGUUACGUGUAGUAAAACGUAACUUGUCGUUUGCACAGGAAGCUCCUCAGAUUGCCGAAUGUGUGUCACGCAGCACCGCCAGUUUCUUUCUCACGCCACUACCAAAUCCUUGAAAACACUCUUCAGAUUACUCUCCCACUCUUCACUUACCGCCAGGCAGGGCUUCAGCCACCUACCCUUGCUUCCCAGAUAAGGUGAGCAAUCAACCACUGCACCUCUGAGCAGCUCAGCAUGAGCAAUGCUGCCAGGUUUUUGAGAGGAAGGAGGGAGGUUUUCGCAGCGUCUGGCCUAGAUGGCACCGGUUUCCCACCACUGCUCGGGCAGAGUCAUGAUUUCAAGAUAGGCUGAACUGAAAGAAGUUCCCUGGGCUGUCUGGAGUUAACGAGCAGUAACCUCGUUACAGCCCUGCUGUUGAGCAAACACGUGUUGUGGAAUUUCAACCCAGUCAUUUAUUAAAAUAUAUAUAUAUAUA